AUGGUUGAAAAGUUCAUAAGUGACACAGACAUAAAAAAACUAUUAGAAUGUUCGAGGUGUAAAAAAGUACCGAAUAGUGCACCGAUUUACAUGUGUAAAACCGGUCAUCAUGAAUGUUCGAUUUGUUAUGAAAUGUUUUUUAAAUCUAAUAAAAUAGAAAAAACUCCCGAUGGAUCGACAGAUACCGAAAGUGAAUCCGGUUCGUCGAGGCAAAAACACAAAUGCGGGAUUUGUAAUGAAAAAAUAACAAAAGUACGAAACAUAUUGGCGGAAAAUUUACUUUUACAACUCGAUUUGCCGAGAUUCGAUACGAGAAACAAUAACAAAACGGAUUUUUAUUCAUUGAUGAAAUAUAACAACGUUCAAGAAGUUAAAAAUCAAAAUUACGUCGAAUGUUGUUAUAAUAUUUACGAAUCACCGUGUCAGCAGUACGGACAGCAAACGAUGCCUAUGCUACCAUACGAUCCACAAGGAUAUAAUAGAUACCCGGUACUUUGUCCGACUACACCUCAAUUUAAUUAUCAAAUGGGUUCGUAUUUAAUGACCGAACCUCAACCUCCACCUCUCGAAUACGUCGAUCCGAACGUUUAUUAUCCCGAAACUGAUAAUUCUGGAGGAUAUGCGUGGGGAAAUCGUGGGAAAUGCGUCAUAGAAAGAAGAAGCAGAUUAAAUUUUAAUAUUCAAAAUGGUAGCAAUCCUUCAUUACCCGGAGAAUCUUCUAAAAGGCCAAUAAGAUGUCCGACGCAUUUAUGCGGUCGUAACAUAGCCGUGGCAGCAUUGAGCUCACAUUUUUGUUUCGAUCAUCCCGAUGUGCCAUCUUUAAAUGUUGAUUUUGACGUGCCUUGCCAUUUAUUUAUCGAUCCAGAAGUUAUACCAUUCGAUUAUGUUGUAAUGGCGUCAAAAUUGGAUUGUUCAACGGUUUGUCAAUCGUCUUUAGGUAACAUUAAAGAAGAUAUACAAUCGGAAGUAUUGAAUCAUGGUGAUUUUCAAUCUGAGGGAAAUAAAAAGUCUUGUGUUAUUGUUAUAUGGCUAGCCGGAGUCGACAUGAGUUGUUUAGCAUUUACAACGAUACAAGUUUGUGAAAAACAAAAUAAUACUAGAUCUGUUAUUUACACGGGACCCAUUAUAUCAUUAAGGACUAGUCAAUUAACGAAUAAAGUUCUAGAACAAGGAGAUUGUUUGGUUAUACACGCCGGAAUACUCAAUAACAUUAUCGGAGAAAAAGGAGGUUUUGAUUUACACGUUAUGGUGCAUUGA